AGAGAGAAGGGAACAAGAAGAAAAGUCAGGGCUGCCGCCCAUGCAUUCCAAGACAGACUGGGUGAAACAAAGACAUGCAGGGCUUGAGUGGACUGGAGACACCUGGUCUGGUACGGUGGUACAAGUGGCAGUUCCUGGCGUUGCAUCCUCGUAUCUUCAAUUUGACAAACUACUGCACGAACAUUUGACACGCAAGCACAUUGGUUUUGACAUGUUCAUGCUCAAGAUUAAUAUAGUACUCGAAAUGGAUCCUUGAGGGAGUAUCAUAUUAAUUAACCCAAAAGUUGGAAGGUGUUUUCAAUUGCUGCGGCAUAGUAUAGUUCACUUACAUUGUGCUUGAUGUUCUUGGCAUGCUACGGAACAUAUCAACUUAGUAUUUAAAAUAUAUCUGAACAAGAAUUCUUACAUUGCAGUAAUAGGAAGCGACGGCAAUUGCAUUGACAGGUGCCAUGCUGGACCUUGAACAUCAGGGAGGACAAACCUUGACAAGGCGCUAGAGAAAUCUAGAUCAGAGAUGUGGACGACAAAGCGACUCAGCAUAACGGUUCUGAUCACCUUCUUCUCUGUGCUGGUUGUGCGGCAUAUGAUAGUGAAUGGCACAGCAUCAGGGGCAUCACGGAUACAAAUCCUCCAUACCAAUCCCCUUGCAUGGUUGAGCAACCCAGUGGAUGCACCAGUAGCCAGUCCAGAAAAUACAGAGGUAGUACCAGUAACAACAGAUGCUUCGAACAGCUCCAAUUCUGGAAAUUCCUCGGUUGAAAGAUUUCAGUGGCUAGAUACAUGGAAUCAUAUGAAGCAGUUAGCCAACAUCUCCAGUGGCCUUCCUCAUGCGACUGAGGCAAUCAACGAUGCAAGAACUGCAUGGGAAAACCUGACGAUAUCAGUUCAAAAUGCAAGUUCUCCAUGGCCAGAUAAAGAGAGGCUUUGUCCAUACUCGAUUCGCAGAAUGAAUGCUUCCGAGUCACAGGGCAGUGAUUUCACCUUCGACAUACCAUGUGGGCUUGUUGCAGGUUCUUCGGUAACUGUUAUAGGCACUCCUGGUAGCCUCUCUGGUAACUUCUGGAUUGAUCUUGUUGGGACGACAUUCCCAGGGGAAUCUGAAAAACCCAUUGUGUUGCACUAUAAUGUACGUCUAAAUGGGGAUAAACUGACUGAAGGUCCAAUCAUAGUGCAGAAUGCCUACCUUGCAAGUAAUGGCUGGGGUUAUGAGGAUCGCUGUCCCGGCAAUAGCUCUAACAAUGCAACUGAAGUGGAUAAUUUAGAGGGAUGUAAUUCCAUGGUGGGUAGAGAACAAAAGAGCAUAAUGAACUCAAAAAAUCAUACUGGUGCCAAGCAAGGUGGCAAGCCAAGCACAUAUUUUCCAUUUAAGCAGGGAUACCUUGCUAUCGCAACUCUCCGGAUAGGACUUGAAGGAAUCCACAUGACUGUUGAUGGGAAACAUAUCACUUCAUUUGCAUAUAGAGCGGGCUUGGAACCUUGGUUUGUUACUGAAGUAAGAAUUUCUGGCGAUUUCAAGCUAGUAAGUGCAAUUGCAAGUGGCUUGCCCACCUCAGAAGACUUGGAGAAUAGCUUCGAUCUUGAUAUGUUGAAGUCAUCACCUAUUCCAGAUGGCAAAGAUCUCGACCUUCUGAUUGGCAUCUUUUCAACAGCAAACAACUUCAAGCGCAGGAUGGCAAUUCGAAGGACAUGGAUGCAAUACCAUGUUGUGCGUAACGGAACAGUAGCAAUCCGGUUUUUCGUUGGCCUGCAUACGAACCUGAUGGUAAAUAAGGAACUCUGGAAUGAGGCACACACAUAUGGUGACAUUCAGGUGUUGCCCUUUGUUGAUUACUACAGCUUGAUUACAUGGAAAACACUGGCAAUAUGCAUCUAUGGGACCAGUGCUGUAUCAGCCAAGUAUCUGAUGAAAACAGAUGACGAUGCUUUUGUUCGGGUAGAUGCAAUCCACUCCUCAGUACAACAGCUGAAUGUCAGUAAAGGUUUGCUUUAUGGUCGCAUCAAUGCAGACUCAGCUCCUCACAGAAAUCGUGAAAGCAAAUGGUACAUAAGCUCAGAGGAAUGGCCUGGAGAAAAAUACCCACCAUGGGCUCAUGGACCAGGAUACGUCGUCUCAGUAGACAUUGCAAAGACAAUCAACAUUUGGUAUAAAACAAGUUCUCUAAAGAUGUUCAAACUAGAAGAUGUAGCCAUGGGCAUAUGGGUGGAUGAAAUGAAGAAGGGCGGUUUACCUGUGAGAUAUGAAACAGAUGAAAGGAUCCACAUUGAUGGCUGCAAGGAGGGGUACAUUGUUGCUCACUAUCAAGAACCAAGGGAUAUGCUAUGCAUGUGGGAGAAACUCCUAAGAACAAAUAAAGCAACAUGCUGCACCUAACUAAUGCAUAACGAAUUUUGACGACUUGAAAAUUGCACAUAUUUGUUUUACUCUUUAUUGGACUAAGGCUACUCACUGAUGCUGGAAUGAGAAUGGGAAGAACAGGAACUUGUUGGCCAGAGUUUUGAAUGCUAUAUGUUUGGCCAUUAUUGACAUAGAAUUCUUGACAUGUAAGAGAAAUGUAGUGUGAACUUGUUGAAAGUAUGAAUGAAUUUACACGGAUGCCAUUUAUUUUCAUAA